UAGGCGCAGCGGGCGCUGCGUUUGCCUGUUCAAGUAAUUUACGCGACAGUAUAGUACUUGUGCGAGUGCUUAUUUUAAAUUUGGAACACCUUUGAAUUAAACCUGUGUGAGUGAAACGUUCCAGUUUUCGACACCGAUUUUUGAAAAGGGAACGGUGCUAACAUUCCAAAUUCAAAAAGAGCAUGACCAUCGAGUUAUAGAAAAUAAACACAAAUCAAAAUGGCGCCGCAAGAACGAACUCCUUACGUCGAGCAAGAGGAAGAUUCCCGCCAAAACGCGUCCAUGGACAGCCUGUCAAGCUUAAACGUAAACGGUAGUUUUGUCAACAAAGCAUUCGAAAAUGACAGCUCAGACAACACUGCUAACACAAGAAACGAAACAAAUAAUAACGAAAAAGAAAAAAAAGCGACUGAUUUCGACGAUUUGUUACCCCAUGUGGGUGAAUUCGGCUUGUAUCAGAAGAUAUUGUUUCUACUCAUGAUACCUUUUGCAUUUUUUGUUGCAUUUGUGUAUUUCUCACAAAUUUUUAUGACGAUUGCACCUGAACAACAUUGGUGUUGGGUACCUGAGUUAGCUAAUCUAACAGUUGAAGAGAGACGAGCCCUAGCCAUCCCGCCGAAGACAGACGGGCCGUUCCCCCAUGACCGAUGCCGCAUGUACUCGGCGGACUGGGCCGCGGCGCUGGCGCAGGGCCGGACCACGCCCGACGACGAGUGGCCCAUCGUGCCCUGCACCAACGGAUGGGAGUAUAACAGGAGCGAUGUGCCGUACGAGACUAUUGCUACCCAGCUGGACUGGGUGUGCGACAAGGACAACCUGCCCGCGACCGCGCAAGCUAUAUUCUUCUGCGGCGCCAUCGUGGGCGGUCUCGUCUUCGGCUGGAUAGCCGACAAGUACGGCAGGAUACCGGCUCUAGUGGGCACGAACAUGAUGGGUUUCUUGGCGGGCGUGGGCACCGCGUUCUGCAACAGCUUCUGGUCGUUCACGCUGUGCCGGUUCCUCGUGGGGCUCGCCUUCGACAACUGCUUCACCAUGAUGUACAUCCUUGUAUUGGAAUACGUCGGCCCCAAAUGGCGUACGUUCGUGGCGAACAUGUCCAUAGCGCUGUUCUUCACGCUGGCGGCGUCGCUGCUGCCCUGGAUCGCGCUGUGGGCCGACGACUGGAGACGGUUCACCCUCAUCACCAGCGUGCCGUUCGUCCUGGCCCUCGCCACACCCUGGGUCGUGCCGGAGAGUGCCAGAUGGUUGGUCUCUCAGGGCAAGAUCGACAAGGCUCUCAUCAUCAUGAAGAAAUUCCAGAGGAUCAACAAAGCCACCAUACCUGAGAAGGUUUUAAACGAUUUCACUGAAUCAUCCAUGAAAACAAUUAAAGAAUCAGAAGCGGAGUCCCGCUCGUACUCCGUCCUGGAUUUAUUCAGGACGCCGCGCCUGCGCCGCAACGCCACCCUGCUCAUCGUCAUCUGGAUGGCCAUCUCGUUGGUGUUCGACGGGCAUGUGAGGAAUGUGGGGUCCUUGGGGCUGGACAUCUUCGUGACGUUCACCAUCGCGUCCGCCACCGAGCUGCCCGCCGACACCUUCCUCACUGCGGUGCUGGAUCGGUGGGGCCGUAGAUGGCUGGCGUGCGGUUCGAUGGUCAUCAGCGGCAUCUUCAGCCUCCUCGCUACUGCUGUGCCUGUUGGUGGACCGUCAGCAUCUCUGGCCAUCCUCGGCCGGUUCGCGGUGAACAUAUCGUACAACAUCGGGCUGCAGUACGCGGCGGAGCUGCUCCCUACCGUCGUCAGGGCGCAGGGAGUAGCCCUGAUCCACAUCAUGGGAUACGUGGCUUCGAUUGUCGCUCCUUUUGUUGUUUAUUUGGCCAAUUUCUCUCAAAACCUUCCCCUGCUGAUCUUGGGCGCGCUGGGCGUGGUGGGAGGUCUGCUGUGCCUCUUCCUGCCGGAGACCAUGGACACGGAGAUGCCCCAGACCUUAGCUGAUGGAGAAGACUUCGGCAAGGACCAACGGUUUUGGGACAAUCCUUGCUUCCCAAGAAAAUCCAAAGAAGCCCAGCCAGAGAAGUACACGAAGCGUGCUUCAGUCUCAGUCAAAACUGAACAGGAGUUCGUCAGGGCUCUUCCGAGUGCCAUCAGUUCUAGGGCAUCCAUCAGAGCGUCAGUCAGGGCCUCCGCCAGAUCCAGAAGAGAAGAGAGGAGGGAAGAAAGAAGGGAGAAUAUGGUCUGAUCAUGUAUAAAUAACAAGUUUAACAUCUGAUAAUGGCAAUAUACUUCUGUGUCGUCAGUUCUUUAAUAGCAAAUUUUCAAAAUUUUAGUUUCAAAUUCUUCUGAAUAGCUUGGAUUUGUACAUCACAUAAGACUAGCUGCUAAAAUUGUAGCUUCAUUAAGAAAA